ACAGCCUACAGGCCUUUCACAAGGUGGCCUCAACCUUAUUCCCAGCAUUACUACAAUUUGUACUACAAGACAUUGGUCAUGUUUACAUUUCGUUGUAAACAUUAAGAAUUUUCAUCAUCUCCAGUAUUGAUUUAUCGUGUUCUGCAUAGCUAUUGGCAAAGUCUGUGCAUUAUUUUGCAAAAAGGAUGAUCAUAUUGACAAGGAGAUAAUAAAAAAUUUACACACGGCGUGUGGAGAUGAACUGCCAUAUGGAUGUAUUGUUGUCAGUGUAUGUGAUCGGUGGAGAGCCAGGCUGUUGGUGACCGACAUAUGGAAGUGUCAUUCCUCUGAUUCUGAUCAUUUAAAUAAUGCUGUCUGAUUAUUAACACCGAUUCAGGAGCUAAACCUAGGGACUAAGCUGUAAAGGCUCCGGAAACAAAACUUGCCACAGAGAUGUUGGACAGUGUCUCUGAAUUUAAUUCUGGGGCUCCAUGAAUCAGCAUAUAGUAGCCAAGGAUAUUGGCUCUUUUACUACAGGGCUUGCAUUUUUCAUGGGAACUGAGACAGGGUGAAUUGCUUUUCAUGUGAAUGAAUUGAAGGUAGUUUUGGCAUUGAUACCUUUGUCAUUGUGAGCUGUGUGGAAUUCUGUGGUAUGAUUGGUGAUAUAUACUACCGACAUGACAACUGCACAUAAAGCUUCCCUACGACAAGCUCCAGAGUACCACCAAAUGCAGGAUGGGAUGGGAUCUGAGACUACAGAAGAGGUGGAACCCUCCAAGCAGCGAGUCAUUUACAUUAAUGCACCCCAGCCUGUCAAGUACUGCUACAACAAGAUCAGCACCGCCAAGUAUAGUGUAUUGACCUUCGCACCAAAGUUCCUGUUCGAGCAGUUUAGAAAGUAUGCCAACAUCUUCUUUCUGUUCAUCUCACUACUUCAGCAAAUUCCACGUGUAUCCCCAACUGGACGGUAUACAACAGCAGUGCCCCUUCUGUUUAUCCUAGCAGUGUCUGCUAUCAAGGAAAUCAUUGAGGACUUU